UCUCUCUCUCUCUCUCUCUCUCUCUCUCUCUCGCUCGCUCACGCUUCGACCUACUUAUCGAAGGUCUCGAGAUUGCUUUUCUCGUGUGGCGCGAGCGAGCUCCGUGUGUAACUCGCCGCCGCCACUCGACUACAUACUCUUUUUUCUCUCUCACUCUGCGCUCCUCGUGUGUUUUUGUCUCUCCCGUUCUUUUAUUUUUCUUUUUCGAGGGAAGCUCUCUGCAAGCUGUCCGAUUUCCCACGAUUUUUUUUCGGGGUAGACACGCUGCGUGACAUUGGCCUAUUAGUGGCCGAUGGCGACACGUGCUUUCGUCACGCGAAGAUAGCGUUCGCUAUACGGCGGUGAAACUGUCGAAAACGAGGUGUUCUUGCAAAACCAGUCGGUCAAUAAAAUUUGGCGUCUCGUUCUUCAUCGUGCGGGCCUUCUUUGAAACGACGAUUGUUUACGUAGAACUUGCAGGUUCUGAGGUAUCAUCGAUCGCGUAAUUCGCACUCCCGCGCGCUCGCAUCGCAGAAACGUACAUGAAAACUUUAUAAUCUAUCGCUGACAAAAUAGCUCACAGUUGAGAGUUGCCGCAGAACUAGAGAACUGAAUAAUUCAGCGUCCCUAAAAAUGAAUGCAACGGGCGUAAACAGCCAUGGGCGAGAUGAUCGCGGUACGCCGAUUCAAGUUUAUAAAGCCAGGGGGCGGGCGGAUUUAUAUAUCGCUGCAAGUUAGAUAUGGGUAUGGGUCUCUCGCGCGGUAACCUUGCCGGAGUGGGUCGUUUAUAAUGAGUGCACAUACACAAACAAACACACAGGCUGCGGCUCUCGCGCGCUGCACUAAAGACGUUUUCAAAGUCUCUCGCGCGGCACUGUCUGUAUACUGUAUAAUGAUACACCUAUACUCCCGCGGUAAUGCGUUACAGCAUACUCGAAACUUUCUCGGCGCAUGAAUGUGUGCAUUAUCGCCGAGUCCGUAAACUUAUUGGCUAUCGGAUGUGGAGUGUUCUAUUGGACCGCGGCGUUUCUCUUAGCGAUUGCCACCUGUUCCGACUGAGAAUUGAUCGAGGUCCGACGCGAAAAAGCUUACGGACGGCUGGCGUGAACGCGUUCCGCAUCGCUUACGUCAGGCCCACCAAUUACGUGCCGUCUGUUCCGAUCGGCGAGUUCGUCCAUUGUCCUAUACGCUAGAUUCGGUAAUGCUCGCAUAAGAUCGAUUUAGGCUGUUUGUGCGACACCGUAUCACUAGUAUAGCUAGUAAAGCUUGAUGGGCAUAAGUGCUCAAUUUCCGAAUUAGAUGAAUCGCGAUCGGAAGUGAAACUAGCGAUAAGCGCGAGAUUUUCUCCGUUUUCCACGUAUUCGCCGGAGAUUAUCGCUCGUCUCCAGAGUCUUGGCCUCCUUUCGAACCUCUCGCAACUCUCGCAACUCUCCCGACGCCUUUUUCAAUGCACACAUUGUCUAUACCUCGCGAUCGAACUGCGCGCAUCAAUGUCACACGAGUCUAUCCUGAUUCAACUUUAACGACGCUCACCAUCGACAAAGUUUAAACAAAUCCUCCCGGCUCGCGUAGGACUCUGCGUUUCACUCCGAUUCGCAUUGUGAAAAGGCGAACCCCCGGGCACGAUGCUGCACAGAGGCAUUAGUCUCGCCGAGGGUGUUCUCAUUGUGUGCACCGGCAAACAUGACGCAGCCAAAAGCUCUCGACCCUUCGUUUACACGCCCUUCAAAACGAGACCGUCCCUUAUCUUCUUCGUCCUCUCGACCGGUUAGUAAAUUUUCCUUUGAGGGAGAGCGGCGCAACGCCGAGGAGGAAUUCCGCGCGAGUCAAUGUCAAAAUUCGCCGCGACGCGUUGUUUAGAUAUUGCGCAACUAAGCGCGCGUGCGGCUCGUCGGAGGAAGUGCGAGUUGUAAAAUUCACGCGCUUAUGGAACUCUAUACCCUCAAUUUUCGCUCCGAAGGCCGCGUUUUUAAAAUUGUAUUUGCGUUUUGACAUUCGUCUAAUAAAAUGCGCGCGACGAUUCGCGGGAAAAUCGGAGGCCGUUAUCGGUGACCCACAUUUCGAGACAUGUAUCGGGGUCGAAGCAUAGCAGGCAUUUUUCGAUACGCGCGCCUCUCGAGUCGCAUCACCUGUUGAUUUGACGAAUCCUCGGCGUUUAUCGAAUUCCGAUAAAAGCGCCCCCGAUGAAACCAUCGCGUGUAUGCGUUGCGGUGAUUAUAUGCGCUGCGAAAGAUGGUCAAGUGUCGCAAGAGCGGUUAGGUAAGCUCCUCGCUCCCGUGCGCGCUUUAUUUUGCCCUGUUUGUUUGUUGUGGUCCAAAAAUAAUCCCCCCCUCGACCGAGCGCGUUUUCGCUUCGAUAGAGCGGGCGCGGCGAGUGUAUUAAUUCGCAAUGGUUAUCGCAUCAAUUUUUCAUAGAUUAUCCGACUUUUGUGCAGCGCGCUUUGUCGCCGUCGCGAGAGAAAAACCAGCGCGGAGAGCUUAUUAAUAACCCGAACGCUCGCGAGCGAGAUAGAAAAAAUGCGAUCGAUGUACGCGAAGCCUAAUUAGAAAUAAUAUCAUCGGAGCGCGCCACACCUCGCUCGGAGAAAAUUAAAACUCUGAAAACCCCCUCCGCCCGGGCGUAUCGAUCGAUGUACAGGGGAUCGCGCGCGAAUCGUACACUGAAACUUUUGCGUAACAGUUACACCGUCAAAAUCCGUCGACCAGCUCCGCUCCGAAAUGAAAAAAAUCUCCGUCGUCGGCGUCAUCGCGAUGAUGACCCAGUCGAAGCACCUUCGGCACAUAAGCGUAUUACGACUGAACCCACACGCUCUCAGCGAUAGAUACACACACACGCGCGGACUCCCUACACUCGCUGGCGCGCGCGCGGACAAUACUUCUACGGCCGACAUAGACCUGGUUCCGUAAGUAGGUCAACCCCACCGUCGAGGCAGCCGCCGGCGUCCCCCUCCCCGGCGGCGGCUCCCCAUCCCCCCUCCGCCGGUCUCUCUCUCUCUCUCUCUCUCUCUCUCUCUCGCUCGGCGCUCUGCUGCGAAACCUCCACCCUCGCUCCCCCCGCUCUCUCUCUCGCUCCGUCUCUCUCCGUCUUGGUCUCUCGCGGCACCGACGUCUCGCUCGCUCUCGGCGGCGCAGCACCUGGUGCGGCUAGUGGCAUGCGCCGCUGCUGAAUCACUUUCACUUAUGCCGCGCGCGCCGCGCCGUACAGUGUGUUUGUAUACCGCGUCGUGCAGUCGCUCUCGCGCGCGCGCCCCGUGUCGAUAGAACGCAGCCCCGAGUUUUCGCGGAAAAUCGCGCAUUGGCCGCCGCUGUCGGUGGGACGUGGAGUGCCCGCACUGCUGAAAGAGCAGCCGCGCGUCGGUGCAGUCGUCGGCUCAAAGUGGAGCACAGCUCGCGCGCGCGCCGAACGAACGAACGAACGAAAGAGAACGUGCCGCGGCGGUGGCAGCGGCGAGAGUGCGAGAGAGACCGAGCGGAGGAGGGAGAUAAGGACGGAAGGAAGGAAGGGUGGGGACGCGGCGCCGAGAGCGAGAGCGAGAGAGGAGGAGAGAGAGAGAGAGAGAGAGAGAAGAGAGAGAGAGAGAGAGCGAGCGAGCGCUGCCGAGCCCUUCAGGAAGCGAGGAAGACAACGAGCGGCUGCUAGUGGCACGCCGAACGUCGUGCCGUCGAGUCGGCGUCAUUCUUGAAUCGCGCGCUCACGUUGCAACAGCGUACACACACGCUCGCAGUGAGGCAGUUCUCUUCGACCGAGCUUCCACGGAGCAGUGCGCGCCUGCCGUCUUCGCAGAACACACAGCACAGUUGACUUCCGCAGUGCGAGAAGAAAAAUUAUUUCUCUUGUGCAGCGCGCUCUCCCGGUCCGGCCCCCUCGCGUUCCGCCACCACGUCCAGUGACUCGCGGGCGGGCUCGCUAUACUGUGCGACGUGUGAGACCUCGGGCCGCCAUCGCGACAAGUGCUUCGCGCGCCGGAUUCUGGAUUCUAAGCAGAUUCUCAGCUCGCCGAGAGUGCAUGUGUGAUCCUCGCAGUGAGUUCGAGCCGAGCUAAUAUGCUUCGGACGCACUCCGCCUCGCCUGCUCGUGUUCGUGUCAGUGACGUGUUAUUGUAGCAGAUCCCGUCGAUCGCCGAGUUUCGCUGAGAGAUAGAGGGAGAGUGAGAGGAGAGCUCGAUCGAACUCAGAGUUGCAUCGCGCCUGCAUGUGCAUCGGAUCCUCCUCGAAGUGUCGAGCUACCCCCAGAGCCGGCUGAUAUGUUAUUGGAGAUGGAGCAGCAUUCGGGCCUUAUAUCCCUGAACAUGUCGCCGUUCCACCUGAGCCCCCAGAGCAGUCCCCAGGGCGUCGGCAGCGCGCCCCAGCAGUCCCAACAGCAGCAGCAGCAGCAACAACAGCAGCAGCAGCAGCAGCAGCAGCAGCAGUCCCACCAGUACAGUCCCUCGCCCUACGGCAACUGCGCCCAGAGUCCCGCCUCGAACAUGUGCCACCCCCAGCAGUCCCAGCAGCAGCACAACAGCCAGCUCUCGCAGAGCAACUCGCAGGGCGGCCAGUCCAGCCAGGCGAGCAGCGCCUCGAGCAUGUCCGGCUUCGAGGCCGCGUUCUUCGACGCCACGAGCCUCGAAGAGCGCUGCCCCAUGUGCGGCGACAAAAUGUCAGGCUCCUACCAGCUCGGCCUGCUCACCUGCGAGUCCUGUAAGGGCUUCUUCAAGCGCAACAACCCGCCCUGCAGCAGCAAAAAGGUUUACACGUGUCUCUACUCGCCGACAGGUGGCGGCGGGGGCGGAGGCGCCAACAACAACAACAACAACAAUAACAACAACAACAACAACGGCGCCGGCAACGGGCAGCCCGGAGCCUGCGGCACCUCGACCGGCCUCGAGAACGGGCCCUAUGGCCCUAACAGCAGUCAGCCCUCCAACGGCUCGAGCAAUUCGAACAACAACAACAACAACAACAACAACAACAAUCACAAUAACAACAACUCGACGGGCUCGAACGGCCAGAGCCAGAACUCGGGAGUGCCGAGCAGCAUGUGCCACCCCAGUCUCGGUGGGCAGGUCGGCGUUGGCGUAGUAACGGGCUCGAUACCGGGGCCCUCGGACUUCCCCGACACCAAAGACGUGAUCGAGGAACUUUGUCCCGUGUGCGGAGACAAGGUUUCCGGCUACCACUACGGCCUGCUCACCUGCGAGUCCUGCAAGGGCUUCUUCAAGCGGACUGUGCAAAACAAGAAGGUUUACACGUGCGUAGCCGAGCGUAGUUGUCACAUCGACAAGACCCAGAGGAAGAGGUGCCCCUUCUGCAGGUUCCAGAAGUGCCUCGAGGUCGGCAUGAAGCUCGAAGCGGUGAGAGCCGACAGGAUGCGCGGCGGCAGGAACAAGUUCGGCCCGAUGUACAAGCGCGACCGGGCGCGGAAGCUGCAGAUGAUGAGGCAGCGACAGCUGGCGCUGCAGACGAUACGCGGCACCCUGGGCGACCCGAGCAGCUACCCGGCCGCGGUCACGCCCUUCCUCCACAUCAAGCAGGAGAUCCAGAUCCCGCAGGUCUCGUCGCUGACCUCCUCGCCGGACUCGUCGCCCUCGCCCGCGGCGGUCGCGGCGGGUCUCGUCACGACGCAGGCCGGCUCCGUCUCAGGGAGCGGACAGCACCAGCUGAUAGCGCCCUCGACGCAGGCCUCGCUCUCCUCGGCGACGAGCAACAGCGGCGGCGGCCACCUGCACGGCGGCCCCGGCGGCAACCCUCUGGACGGCAGCAAGCUCUGGCCGGCGAACUCGACGACGCCCAGCCCCAAGGGCUUCGGGGCGGGUUUCGAGCACCACGCGUCCCACCUCCACGGCCAGCCCGGGCUCUCGGGCCAGCACCACGGGCCCAGCGGCGGGCAGGCGAACGCCGGCGGGGUCGGCGGCCCGCAGCAGGCCGGCCAGCCCGGCGCCAUGAAAACUAGUCCCAUGAUCCGAGACUUCGUCCAGUCGGUCGACGAUCGCGAGUGGCAGGCCUCCCUCUACGGCCUCCUCCAGAACCAGACGUACAACCAGUGCGAGGUCGACCUUUUCGAGCUCAUGUGCAAGGUGCUCGACCAGAACCUCUUCUCCCAGGUCGACUGGGCGCGGAACUCGGUCUUCUUCAAGGAUCUCAAGGUUGAUGACCAAAUGAAACUUCUUCAACACUCCUGGUCGGACAUGUUGGUGCUGGAUCACCUACAUCAGAGGUUACACAAUAACCUGCCCGACGAGACGACGCUACACAACGGCCAAAAGUUUGAUCUCCUCUGCCUCGGCCUACUCGGGGUCCCGUCCCUGGCGGAUCUGUUCAACAACCUUUCCACCAAGCUCCAAGAGCUCAAGUUCGACCUCUCCGACUACAUCUGCAUGAAAUUCCUGAUGCUGCUCAACCACGACGUUCGCGGACUGGUCAACAAGAAGCACGUGCAGGAAGGUCACGAGCAGGUCCAGCAGGCGCUUCUGGACUACACGCUCACGUGUUACCCGUCAAUACCGGACAAGUUCAACAAACUGCUAGCAGUAUUACCCGAGAUCCACGUGGUGGCGAGCAGGGGAGAGGAUCACCUGUACCAGAAGCAUUGCAACGGGGGCGCGCCUACGCAGACGCUACUCAUGGAGAUGCUGCACGCCAAAAGGAAAUGAAGAACAAGCCGACAACAGCAGGACGAAGAGGCUGCUGCUGCUACUACCACUACGGCUGAACACGAUGAUCGCGCCGCCGCCACUGCUACUGCUGGAUAAGCCUCGCGCCGUCGCCGACCUCGUCUGCGCGAGCUGAUUGCACGCGCGCCCUCGCCGAAGCCAACAAAGGCGCCGAACGAGAGCAGAUCUACGCAAUGAAAAGCAAGCAAAUAAACAAACAAAAACUAACUAAAAGUCGAACGUACGAGCCGUUGCUGGGCCGAGAAAGCUGGCGAGUGACAAAAGACAGAGAGAACUGUGUCGACUAGUGUGAAUCCAAAAACGGGCCAGCGACACUGGCAUUCGUCGAUCGAAUCUACCGACGCAAACGCAAAAUGAGUUUGAAUAAAUUAAACAAAAUCAAGCAUAGACGUACAUACUUUACGUAUAUACAUAGUAUGUGAAUUAUAAAAAAGUGUAUAUCUAAAUAUAUAAAGCAUAACGACAUAUAUUUUCUAUAUUCGAUGUUGAAGUUUUAGAGAUGUAUCCGUGGAGAUAAAAAAAGAAAUAAGAUUACGAAAAUGGUGAAAAUAUUAAGCGAAAUUGCCCGUGUGGCUGGGAAUAUAAUAAAACACGAUGUCUUGCGACGUGGGUUAAUGAAACCUUCAAAAGCGCAGGGAAAUAGUAAGCAAGAUGCCUUGAAAACAGUACAAAGGGUGGUUAAAACAAAAAAUAUUGGUCAAAGGGCAGGCAACUUUUGUCUAAAUAAGUAAAGCUAUUUUUCUAAUACUUAGAGAAGCGAAUCUUAAUUUUUAAGCGUAUACCACUGAAGCCUUGCUCUCACUUAAACGAAAUAUCCUAUUACUGCGUGUUCUCGAAGGGUGAAUAAAGAAAAAUGAACAGCUUUCGACUCGCACACCUACACAACACACGUACACACCAACACACAUCGCGGCCAAUCGUGCUUCUGCAAGGGAUUCAAUGGGCAUACUUGAGAGUGACAGAAUUAAACAAAGGAAAUCAAUGUGAUAAAUGUAUACACAUUACAUAUUAAAACAAAAAUGAUAUGAAGCGAUAUGUAUAUAACAUAUAUGUGUAAGAAUACAUAUAUACGCGUGCAUACACCGUUGUAAAACUUGCCGUUAGUGGCCACCUGGGCAUCGUUAAAAUAACUUCCUACCAGAAAUACGAUGAGAAAACGGAAAAAGAAAUUUGCAUUUUUUUGUCACGCUUGCACUCAGCAGGGCUAUAUUAUGAUAAAACUUGUAAAUACUAGUUAACACAUUCCAAUUUACGUUGUAUAGUAUAAAUCAUGUUAAAUAUGUAAUUACAGAAUAUUUUUGUGUAUAGUUUACUUGAGAAAAAUAAAAUAUAUUUCUGUUGCUCAUACACCGAAGUAAAAGAAAUCAAUUAGCUACUUAACUUGUGUCUUUGACUAAUUUCUUAUGUUCUUUACUAAUUUUCGUGUCAUUUUCUAUCUUUUUUCUCGUUUUUAUUAUUCGUUUCCAUUUUUUUUUCUUCAAACAUAGGUGGCGGAAAAGAAAAAACACGCGAAGUAACCCACAGAUUGCGAUAUUUUAUUACUGUAUAUUGUACCAUAAAAUAAAGAUUCUGUUUAAGAAAUAAAAAAACGAAUCAUUGGAGCAAGGUUUAUGUGGUCCUAUAUAUUAUCUAGCGUUUAAAAUAAUGAAUAAUAAUUAUUGAAUAAUCUAUAUAAAUAUAUUAUAAAUAUAUAAAUAAGAACGAUAUUGUCUUAUAGUUGUUAAACAUACAUGAGAAAUAUUUACUGUAACGUUAAGGAUAGUUAUUACUACAUCGAUCGUAAUUAUUUUUCACUUAUAGAUUAUAUUAUUUUUUAGGCGUUAGUCAGAAAUUCUUCAGUGCUGUGAAGGUCGUCGUUUCACGACGCACCUGUGGUACCUAAGCCAUCGGUUUUUAUUACACACAAACGCUAGAUUUUGAUGGUCAAACGUGACAAGAGGACAUAAAAGAAACAAAAAUAGCAAAAAAAAGAAACAACACACACACACACACAAAAGUAUCAAGCGAUAAAUAGAAGAGAGGAAGCCCCCCUUCGUAGUGCAGAAUAAUCGUGUACAGAUUUUUAGUCUUUGACGCGCGUACCAGUCUGUUUCCACUUACGAAGCGAAAGUACCUGAACUGUAAUUUAAAUAUAUAAAAAGAAAGAAAACACUAUUUUACUAUAUUCACUUUACCAGCACAUUUUACAAAUAAUGUACCUACCGUAAUGUUAGUGGACGUAUUGAAGAAGUCAAGGAAACGAUAAAAAAAUGUAAUAGUGGACGAAUAGAUCAAACUAGAUUUUUAAUGGACAUUGUUAUAGUUUACGAGCGGGGGCUCCCUAAUAAACCGUUUAUCAACACCGACGAAGAAGUGACGAAAAAUAUAAAAUAUUGUAAAGAAUAUGUUGUUGAAAAGUUCCAAAAUUCUCAUAUCGCUCGGUUCAUAAUUGUAUUGCGUUGCGCUUCGAUUAGUUUUUUUUCUUUUUAAUCAUUUGCAUUCGCUUCGACGUAUGUAAUUCCUCAGAGUCGAAUCGCCCAUAUACCCCUUUUUACCAUUCGAUUGUAUAACGACACGAAUGACUACCUCUUCAUAAAUGUAUUAAGUUUACUUUUUUUUUGUAUUUUUACAAUUUUAGUAACCGCAUACCUCAGAACAAGGCAACCCAGCUCAAAUAGUUUUUCUGAAAAGAAAAAUUCAAAAACUGGGACUACUUGGUUCUCGCGAAAGCGCUGAUAUAUCCCACCAUUUUUAUUGUACACCAUCACCAUUAAGUGUCACUGCAAUGUUACCUUCACCGUAAUUAGUUUUGUUAAUUAUUAUAAUUGCCUUAUAUUACAACUGUAAUUUUUCCCACGACGUUUCCCAACUCCGUAAACCUUAUUUCACUUUGUUUUGUAAUUUGCGCGCUUCAAUUUUAAGAAUGAAAAUGUAACCUUAUUUAUUUUGUAGCGCCCUUUGUUAGCCGCCGUUCAUUAAGCAUUAUUAUUGUAUCGUAUUUGCGAACGCAUCGAUCUGACAAUUUCGGAACAACCUUCGUGCAUACCAACUGCGGAACGCUAUUGUUUGUAACAAAAAGAAAUAUUGAGAGAUGAGAUCUUUUUAUCACUUGAGUGUUUAGCCCUAAACUAUAAAUGAGAAAAAAAAUCAUUGUCUUUGUACAUGUCCAUCCUAUUUAAUCGUCUGAUGAAUUCCGUUAAUGAAUAUGUUUAUUAACAAUAAUUGUAAUUAGCGAGUAAUAUAAUUACGAUGUUAUGUACAUUGUGUUGAAUAUUAAUGUACAGUUACCAAUUAUAAUUGGCAAAGGUUCUAAUUUAAAAAAAGAAUGUCAUUCAUUUUUUUCAACCAUCGUCGUCUUAAAAGGGGGAUGAAACUUCCGGACAAACAGAAAUUACAAAAGUAAUAUUAAAAAGAGAUAUUUUGAAAAUACGAUGAAAAACGACACUAUGAAACUUAAGCGUUGUUAACACUGCCAUUUAGACGCUGGCAAUUGUAAAUUAUGUAGAAAGAGAAACUUAAUGGAUGUAAAUAUAUCUUUAUUAUUAACA